UAGUCAUGAUCAACUGGAGUUUGUGUUUAUUGUUUUUCCCUACCUUGCUCUUUGCUUGGUCUAGUGCUGGUCCAGACGAUUAUGAUGAGGAAGAACCCAUAGAAGACAUCGACCCGGACAGGAUUGUAUUUAAUAUUAGUAAAACACCAUAUGGUGUUAAAGUAAUAUGGAGAGUUGCAAAUAAUAAUGCGGACCCUCAGUGUUUUAACACAGAAGUGCAGUACAAGCGCCAAUGUGAGAAAGACUGGGAGAGAAGUCACAGGAUCAAACUUCAAAAUAAUCAAGAGGAGAAUCAUUUAAACUUGUCUACUUUAAGCACGAAGAUGAAUUAUGAUUUCAGAAUAAGAAUGAAGUAUGAGUGUUUGGAAAAGGACUGGAGCAACUGGACAAAAGUACAAAGUUGGGGAAACAAUAAAGAUGUCUGUAUGGUGAAAUCAUCUUACUACAUAUGGGUUUACAUUUUGAUAAUCAUGCUGCCACUGAUUACCUUUCUUCUCUUUUGUCUGCUGAUUCAACAAAGAAUUAGAAAACUGCUUCUUCCUGAAGUACCAGAUCCCAAACACUUAAAACAUAAAAUCAUGGACACUGAGCAGUUUCAGUGGUGGGGAAACCUUACGCAGAGGAAUGAAGAUUGCCCAACCACAGACGUUGAGAUUAUUGACAAAAGUGAAAGCGAAGAGGUUCAUCAAACUUUGGUAACACAACCCACAGACACCAUCCCCGAGCAACAUGACAGCAUGUACUACAUUUACUCCUCUGAAACGCUUGGUGAAAACACAGAUCUGCAAUACUCGAAGAGUGUGUUAGGGUACAUCGCUCUUGAGGACUACAACAAAUGAUGCUGAGACUCAUUGGUGUAACACAUUAUAAAGUUCACAAGAAGAUAUUUGAUAGUAACUGAAGACCAAGAGUCUAAAGGCCCUGUUAGCACCCUCUGUAAUGCCAAAUCUGGAUUAACAAACACCUUUUUUGCAUUGACUGCCAUUCAGAUGUAGCUAUCAAUUCUAAGUAUUUUAGAUUAUCGAUUGAUUGGUUCCUAGCAAACAAUUUUGUAUUUAAUAGACAUCUAAAUGUAGACAGCUUGACUAA